AUGUCACUGCCCGCAGUGAGACGCCUGACCCACUCGUCUCCCCGCACUUUAUCCCGCAUCUCCAGACUGCCCACUUUGGCUUCUUCCCUUAACAUCGCCCCUAGAAUUUCUUUUUCUGUUGCUCGCACUUCUCGCUUCUCAACAAUGGCUGCCCGUCAAUCUGCCGCUCCGGCGGUGACUUCCGAUAAGGCAUAUGACACUGAAAUCCAGGACAUGGCUAGCUACAUCCACGACUACAAAGUGGAUUCUGACUUGGCGUUCGAUACUGCUCGUCUGGUCUUCCUUGACACUCUGGGUUGCGGUUUGGAAGCUUUGAAAUUCAAGGAGUGUGCCAAGCUGCUCGGUCCUGUCGUGGACGGCACUGUUGUCCCCAAUGGUACCCGUGUGUUUGGUACUCCUUACCAGCUAGACCCUGUGAAUGGCGCUUUCAACAUUGGUGCUAUGAUUCGCUGGCUCGAUUACAAUGACUGCUGGCUGGCUGCUGAGUGGGGUCACCCCUCCGACAACCUGGGCGGUAUCUUGGCUGUGGCCGACUGGAUUUCGCGUACCAACCGUGCUGGUGGAAACCUCGGCAACGGCAAGAUCUUGAAGAUCCGUGAUGUUCUGGAGGCUAUGAUCAAGGCACACGAAAUUCAGGGUGUCUUGGCUCUUGAGAACUCUUACAACAAGGUCGGCCUUGACCACGUUGUUCUGGUCAAGGUUGCGACAGCCGCUGUCGUUUCCAAGAUGCUGGAUCUUACUGAGCAACAGACUGCCGACGCUAUCACCCAGGCUUGGGUGGAUGGACAGUCUCUCCGUACUUACCGCCACUCGCCCAACACUAUGUCCCGAAAAUCAUGGGCUGCUGGUGAUGCCUGCCAACGCGCUGUGAACCUGGUCCUGAAGGUCCAAAAGGGCGAGGGUGGUCUUCGCACUGUUCUCACUGCUCCUACUUGGGGAUUCUACGACGUUCUGUUCAAGGGCAAGAAGUUCCAAUUCCAGCGCCCCUAUGGCAGUUACGUCAUGGAGAACGUUCUGUUCAAGGUCUCCUACCCGGCCGAGUUCCACUCACAGACUGCCAUUGAGGCCGCUGAGAAAGUCAAUGCCAAGCUUGCCUCCAUGGGCAAGAGUGCCAAGGACAUCAAGGAGAUCACCAACCGCACACACGAGGCUUGCAUUCGCAUCAUCGAUAAGCAGUUCAAGGAGAUGGACAACUUCGCCGACCGUGACCACUGCGUGCAGUACAUGGUUGCCACCAUGCUUGUUUUCGGCCGCUUGACCGCCGCCGACUACGCCGACGGUUCCGAGGCCGCCACCUCCCCUCUGCUUGAGGAUCUCCGCAAGCGCAUCCGUUGUGUUGAGGACACCAGCUUCACCACCGACUACCACGACCCCACCAAGCGCACCAUUCCCAACGCGCUGACCGUCACCCUGAACGAUGGCACUGUCCUGGAUGAGAUCGCCGUCGAGGCUCCUCUUGGUCACCGUCUCCGUCGCGAGGAGGCCAAGCCCGAGAUUCUUUCCAAGUACAAGCGUCACCUUGAGGCGCAUUUCGACCAGGCCCGCGUCGAUGAGCUGAUGAAGGUAGGCUGGGAUCGUCCUCAGCUGGAGAACUACGAUGUCGACCAAUACGUCGACCUCUACGUGAAGGACAAGACUAUCACUCCCUCCAACUAA